CGAUUGAUCCUCAAUUAUGAUUUGAUUUCAAGUGUUUUUCGCCAAUGUACACGAAAAAACUCCAAUCUAUCGGGUAGUCGAAACCAAAAUGUCGGAAGUUUGUCAAUACUGCGGCCACAGUUCCGAACCAUAUGGGUCUUCGACUGCUUUGUAUAGGAAGGUCGCGGAUGAUGGUGCCGGCAAAAGUUGGUGGUGUUUCGGCUCAAAAAAGGAUAAGAACGAAGGCGUCAGCCCCCAGGCCGUAGGGAAAUACGAAAAGAGGAGGAGUACCGUUGCUCACACUCAGAGACUUUCGAAUUUUACAGGCGUCAAAAAGAAAAUCCAAGAAGCCAGAUAUGGGUCCUUGGUCGCCCCUUUCAAGCCAAAUCUCAAGUUUCUCAUGGUGUUUCCUGUCACUGAUCUAACCAGCGAGGCCCUCAAAAAAGCGGCAGAAAAAGUAGGAUUCGAAAUUACGCAGUGCAGCACUGUAGACAGCGCCUUUGACGAGUUUCAAUCUAAACAUCAUGACCUGAUAAUUAUCGAUACUAGAUCUUUGAGAUCGCUGGACUAUGAAACGUUGUGUCGAGCAAUUCGAGGUUCCAAGGGAAGUCAGCAUGCUCCCAUUGUGGCUGUAGUCAAGAAAAGCCUGUUCGAGAGGGAUGAUGGAGGUAUCCUGAAUUUGCUGGAAUGCGGGUUCAAUCGGUGUAUUUCAGAAAGUUCCAGUGUCACUAACUAUAUCAAUGAAAUAGUCCAGCUAAAAGUCAGUGACAUGAAACCCAUGGCUCAAAAAUCCACUACACAAGCCUUGUAUGCAGCCCUAGAUAGAUGCAAUGGCCUUAUUUUCAUAACGGACGAAACCUUCAAAUGCCAGUAUGCUAACAUCUUCAUAGAGAAAUUCUUGAACAUACGUCAAGAGGAUAUAGUUGGUCGAAAUUUGGGAGAAAACGUCGUUUAUGAUCAGUCUCAGUUGGCCAUCAUCGCAUCAUCUUUGUUGCGGGGAAAAGAAUGGAUGGGUCAGCUUACGUUGCAGAAGAAAAGCCAUGAAGUGGCUACUGUUAUUUGCAAAGCGGUAUCUAUAGCUUGCUAUGGAAGGCUACCAACACAUUUCGUCUUAAUUUUAGAGGUACCAGAGGUUAACGAUACUGAUACGAGCGUUAAAACGAAUAAUCAGCAGGUAGAGCAGAGGCGUCUAAGUGAUUUUAGAAAAGCAUCUUUGAACAAAAUGAUGGCCCUUCCACUCGAAGCUCCGAUUGUGAAGAUAAUCAGCUUGUUGGAUGAGGUGAGAGAGAAAGUAAACGAAAAUGGAGAUUUGGUGAGGAUUCUGAAUGAAGCCGAGGAUCUGCUGAAACACUCCGAGCUGUAUUCGACACAGCUGAGGGAGAAUUUCAGAGUGAAACCUGAGGAACCUGUGGUGGCUGAUUUGAUCACUGCCUUGCUGAGCAAUCAAGUCCAAACCUCGAAACUUCCAACUUUAACGUCCAGACGAAGCAGCAACGAUUCGACUAUAAACAGGCCAUCGAAGGUUCUGAGGCGUCUGGCUACGGAACUGGACGAACUCCUCGACAAUGCCCUGCAAUGGGACUUCGAAAUAUUCCUUCUGGAGGAGAUGACCAAGAGCAGACCCCUCCAACAUCUGGGGAUGUACCUGUGCCAGAAUUUCAACGUAGCUGCCGCGUUGAACUGCGACGAGAAGACUCUGCAGAACUGGUUCAUCAUCAUCGAGUCUCACUAUCACAGUGAAAACUUUUAUCAUAAUUCCACCCAUGCGGCAGACGUUAUGCAGGCUACUGCGGGCUUUCUGCAAAAAGAACGGAUUAAAAUAAUAAUGGAGCCUUUAGACGAGGCUAUGUGUCUUCUGGCUGCUGCAGCUCAUGAUGUAGAUCAUCCAGGAAAAUCUAGUGCAUUCUUGUCCAACUCAAAUAGUCCACUGGCCGUGCUGUAUAAUGAUAUAACCAUAUUAGAAAACCACCAUUGUGCGUGUAUGUUCAAGCUCACUUUAGGGGAUGAGCGAGUUAACGUUUUCAAGAAUUUGGAUCGUGAUACUUAUAAAAUCGUGAGAAAUAAUAUAGUCGACAUGAUAUUAGCAACAGAGAUGACCAAGCAUUUCGAGCACCUUGCAAAGUUCGUGAAUGUUUUUUGCGCCAAAGCGGACGAAGAAGACGACAGUGAAGGAGACUUCGUAACCCUUUCCACCCCCGAGAAUAUCACCCUGAUCAAACGAAUGCUGAUCAAAUGCGCAGACGUAUCCAAUCCUACAAGACCGUUCAGGUUGUACGUGGAAUGGGCCAGGAGGAUCGCCGAAGAGUAUUUCCAGCAGACUGAUGAAGAAAAGGUCAAGGGGUUGCCGGUGGUGAUGCCGAUGUUCGACAGGAAUACCUGCUCUGUUCCCAAGUCCCAGAUAGGAUUCAUCGACUACAUCGUCAACGAUAUGUUCGAAGCGUGGAACGCAUUCAUUGACAUGUCGGAGCUUAUAGCUUACCUUAGGCAGAACUACAUCAGAUGGAAAGAAUUCGAUGAGCAGGGCCAUAGAACUUUAGCGGACAUACGGCUUCUUCAGAGUAGUGUUUUAAUGGCACCAAUACUUCCUGCAAGACCUAGACCCACAGCACGAUGAGCUUAGAUUGAAACUUCAUUUUGCUUAGUCCAGGGAGAAAUUCGUAUUUUGUAUCCAAUGGGGAUGGUAUAUUUUGCCCAUUUGGAUAUCUUGGAAGUGUAUUAUUACUGUGCUAUAUUAUGAAACAUUUUAUUUAUACUGUAAUAUAUAUUUUAUUGUGAA